UUGCACUCAAAUAUAUUUGAUGUUGCCGAACUCGAACGGCUACGACGUGAGGCUGUUCCUUCAUCGGGUGAAAAUGCGGCGGCUGAGGAUGCGGCGCCACAUCUUGCAGAGCAAACGGCAAACGUGGAUGCCGCCGUGUAUACCCCAGUUGUGGUUGAUUCAAAUGAUGAUGGAACAAUCGCCCAGGAACUGGAAGAAUACAUUGGAAGAACAAGAACCAGAGCAAAUGAGGAGUACAUUGGAAGAGGCGAUUGUGGAUACGCGCAGUACGCCUCUCGAAAAUUGACCGCGACUUCCCCGCAUAGCCCUAAGCAAGCGGAAUCGGGAUGUCGUGAGGGCUCUGAACCCAAUGCUGGUGACCUAUUUGGAAGCAAGCCGGGACCUUUGCGAGACGGACUCAAUUCUUUUUGGCGCCGUCGCCAUCGGCUUCAUAAAUCAUUGGAGCGACCAAUUGUAAGUGGAACGGGCCUAGCACCGAAUCAGGCCGACACGGUCGCAUUCUGGCGCAGCCUGUGGUCAGAGCCCGUAAACCACAGUGAGGGCCCUUGGACGGAAGUUGUGGUGAGUCAAGUGUGCGGGUAUAACGCCCAUAGACCCCGUCAUCAUAACGCCGGAUGA